AUGAAGACGCCAUUUGCGGUCUUGAAUUUCUUCCUUGUGUUUUACUUAUCGGCUGUUUUAUGUGUUAGUUAUCAGCCUACAUGGGAAUCCUUGGAUAAGAGACCUUUACCGGAUUGGUAUGAUAAAGCAAAAAUUGGCAUUUUUAUGCAUUGGGGAGUAUUCUCGGUGCCGAGUUAUGGCCACUCUGGUGCUGCUAGUGAAUGGUUUUGGCAUAACUGGAAAAGGAACAAGCCUGAUGCAGGAACAGUUCAAUUUAUGAAGAAAAAUUUCCGCCCUGAUUUCCAAUAUACUGAUUUCGCUCCCAUGUUUCGUGCAGAAUUGUACGAUCCUUACGAAUGGGCUGAAAUAAUCCAAAAUUCUGGCGCAAAAUAUGUCAUCUUAACUUCAAAGCAUCAUGAAGGAUAUACCCUUUAUCCAUCCAAGCCUUCAUGGAAUUGGAAUUCUAUGACCGUCGGAUCCAAAAGAGAUCUUCUAGGUGAAUUGGCUCAUGCAAUUAGAAACAAAACAAAAGUUCGCUUCGGUGCUUAUCACUCACUCUUUGAAUGGUUUAAUCCAAUCUUUCUGCAAGAUCAAAAAAACAACUUCAAAACUAAAACCUACGUACAAGAAGUUCUAAUGCCCGAGAUACAUGAUCUGAUCGUGAAUUAUAAGCCAGAGAUUUUGUGGGCUGAUGGUGAAUGGGCGGCGAAUGAUACUUAUUGGCAGAGCAAACAGCUCCUUGCGUGGUUAUAUAAUAAAAGCCCUGUCAAAAAUACCAUUGUCACUAACGAUCGAUGGGGUAAAGGGGAUAGAAAUAAACAUGGUGGUUUUUUUACUGGUGGCGAUCGCUACAGCCCUGGCACUAUACAGAAGCAUAAAUUUGAAAAUGCCAUGACUAUCGAUCGUUAUAGCUGGGGUUUCUCUCGGCCAUCUAACCUAAACGCUUACUUGACUAUUGAAGAAUUAUUAUCAAUUUUAGCUAAAACAAUUAGUUGUAAUGGUAAUUUAGCCAUUAAUAUCGGACCAACACAUGAUGGUCGUAUUGUACCGAUCUUCCAAGAGAGACUGUCUCAACUUGGCCAAUGGCUAAAAGUAAAUGGUGAUGGCAUUUACGAGACUCGACCAUGGCAUGUGGCCAAAGACUCUAGUAACAGUAAUGUUUGGUAUACAUCCAAGAAUGGUACUGUGUAUGCUAUCGUUCUUAAGUGGCCAGGUUCUACUUUAUCCUUAGCUGAACCAAUGGUGCAGGCAAAGGAAACUAAAAUUGGUUUACUUGGGUACAAAGGGAAUUUUUCAUUUAAAAGUCAAUCCAAGAAUAAGGGAGUCAUUAUUAACAUUCCACCAUUAACCGUUGCUCAAUUACCAUGCAAGUGGGCUUGGGUAUUUACAUUUACUAAUUUAAAAAAUAAGUAAGAUACUGUAGUGUGAGGUGGUAGAGCUUACCCAAAUCGCGAUAACUAUUAUUAUUGCAACUAGUCUUACAUCCUAUGUUACAAUAUGCUGUAGAUAUUACAAUGCAUAGUAUCGUUUUAAUCUUGUCAAACCAAUCCAAAAAUUGGUAUCACAGUGUAUGGAUAGAUUC